AUGCCAUCUUUGCAGGUAUUUUUUGCCUAUGCAUCUUUUGUUCAAGCCGCCUUUCCCUUCUAUGACGAGAUUCGGUUGGGCCUGCACGCAGCUUAUUGGUAUUUCGAACCGGAGAGUCCAGUACUAACUGAUCUUGCGUUCUGGGGUUCUUUUGCAGAAGGUUCUAUUACUUCUGUUAGGGAGAUAAUGAACACAUGCCGCGUUUGCGAACAAGAUGACAAAGAACCAAACUGGGAUUGUAGAGAUUCAGCCCUUGCGUUGGUUAAAACAUUAGUAAUGAAUGUCAUAACGAUUUGUGUUGGCUGGAAACAUGCAGGAAGACCAAAUGGCUCUAUGGAAGGUGCUGAUACGACCGCUAUUGCGAAGCGGGACCUUAGCAAUCUUUGUAGUGCUGAUUCUGGCGAUUUUGUCCAAGAUUGUGUUGAUGUAUGGUUGACGGACUACCUCAACACAAACUAUCCAGAACAUUGGUCUGUCAUUGGAAACUCUUUAGUGAAAAGGGACGAAAACAUUGGAGGUAUUCAUGUAAAGAACCAUAAUGAUAGUAUGGUGUACCAUUUAUUAUUUAAGCCCAAUACAGUCGGAAAUGGUGCCGUGGCCAUGAAACCACUUUACCGAGAACAAUCUGGUAAUUUAACUAAACGUGAUUAUCCUCUAUAUGCCCCAUCUUGUAGCUCUUAUCUAGUGGCAGAUUACUGUGCGAAUCAAAGCAAAUGGGGUGGGGUUUAUGACAGUGGAGAAAUGGAAAAUAUGCUGAAUGAGAUUUAUACAAACGAUUUUGAUGGUACCUGGACAGCAGAUUACUAUAAAUUAUACACAAAAGAACAGGAUGAUAAAACUCAAGAUUGGGAACUUUCUUGGAGGACAUAUGAAGCAAAAGUCGGUAACUCAAUAUACUGGUCACAGUGUGACACAGGACAUUGA